ACUAACCAUAAGACUGUUGAAUGAUUUUUAUGAAAUAGGAAAGAAAAAUAAUCCGUACUUUUGUUAUAAAAUUAAUUAAAAUCUUAUAUCUAUGCAAGAAUCAAUUAUGUAAAGUUAUUCUGAUCAGAUAUAAGCUCAAAGUACUCAGUUGUUCCGGGUAAUAAAGAGUAAAAAAAAGUUCGUUUUUACUAUAGAAUUUGCCAAGUUCUACUAUCCAGUUCUUGUACUCCUGAAAAUAAUUUUAGACAGAUUAUCAACACACAGAGGUGGUCUAUUUUAAACUGGUUUCGCUGUAUAUAAUUACUUGCUCCAGAGAGGCUACUAAAAGAUUGUCACAAUCUGUGCUUUUUAAAUUUCUUGUCAACAAAGCUUUGUGAACAUCAUCAUCACAAAAAAUUGUAAUCAAUUAAGAAAUAUGUUCAUCACGGAAAUUGUCAGUAAAAAAUAUUCUUGGCGAUUUCUUUUUGUAAAAAGAUUGACAAAAGUGUACACAAUGAAAUUUUUGAUCAAAAGCAGUCAAAUUGUGAAAAUAACAUUUGGAGAGGUUAGCUUAUACGGAGUCAAGAAUUCAUAUUAUGUGUUAACAUUUAUGAAAUUUAUUUUGAAAACUUUCUAUCUCGUGCAUUGCCUAUGAAGUGGAGAACAGCUUUCCACCCAAGAAUCCUUGAAAAAAAUUUAUGUACAAACACUACUUCAGCUGAGGAUUUCGUCGAAAAUGUUGUAAAGAAGAAGUUAACAGAUGCAUUGAAGCCUGAAUACAUUGAGGUUAUAAAUGAAAGUGCAAGACAUAAUGUACCUAGAGGAUCAGCUUCUCAUAUUCGGGUAACAAUUGUUUCAGAAAUGUUCAAGGGAAAGAGAUUGGUUCAGAGACAUCGCUUAGUUAAUGAUGUGCUUCAGACUGAAUUAAAAGGACCCAUUCAUGCUUUAUCCAUAGAUGCUAUAUCACCCACAGAAAUAAAGGGCAAGGUAGAAACAAAGGAAUCACCCCCUUGCAAAGGAGGAGCUGGACUUUAAUUAUUACUUUUUUAGGUUGUUUUUUAAAUUUAAAAUAGAUCUUUGUAAAUAUAAUACAAAUAAAUCCAAUUGAUUUUCUUGAAUGUUA